UGCAAAGCUAUGGAGGCCAGACGCACUAUCCAUGAUCUUGUGAGGGAAAUUGGCGUCAGGCCAGUACGUGAGCGGAAUCCUGUUCUUCCUGCAGCGUCUCAGUCUGCCAUUUUGGUCAGCGAGGAGGAUCGCUCACUAGCUCGCCAUAUGCUAGUCGAACAGAGAAAGAACAACCCAGAAUACAAGGAGCCCGGAAAGCAACUGAAACGCAUUUUCAAGAGUUCAAAGGAGAAGGAGAAGCUUCAAGACCCGAACCUGUGGGUUUUCUCGCAGGAGGAGCUGGAUCAAGCCUUAUCAUCCGUGAUCGAAAACCCGGCAACGAACCCAGGUUUAAUACAGGCUUUCUUAAACCUUGGCGCAAAGGUCAAUUUUGUCGAAAUAUAUGGAAAGAAAAACAAGGCAAACCAGACCAGCAAUGCUGCGCGGAGACGAAGUACGGUGCUUCAACGGGCUGCCACGACGAGGAGGGCCGAUUCGGUCAGCCUAUUGGCAGGUUCAGGAGCCGACCAAACUACCCUGGAUGAAGGCCUGAAAGUUGCUCUUGGUGCCCACGAUUACCCAUGCGUGCAAGAGUUGCUUCGCCAUGGAGCUGAUCCGGGCAAGUUCCCCAACGCUCUUGCAGACGCUGUGAGGUCAGGUGACCAAAACUUUGUCCAACUUUUGUUGCGGGCACCAAAGGCAUUACGGACCGACGUUAUUUCCUCGUGCUUGCCUGCAGCUGUGAAUCAGCAAUCCGAGCCGAUUAUCUCGUUAUUGGUCGGACAUGGCGCGGACCCAAAUUUUGAUAAUGCCAGCGCUUUUCAGAUGGCCAUCUCGCAACGAGAUUUCAAGUUAGCAGUUGCGUUGGUGGCUGGUCCAACUCCUCUCUCCUCAUCGUCACUGCAGACAUUACUAGGCCCGACCUUGACAUUGCCGAAUCCUCAGAUACUUUACAACUUCUUGGAGCUGCUCUUUUGCUGUGGUCUACCUCCUUCUAGCCCCCAUCUGGCUGAACUGCUCAUAGCGGCAACCAAGCGAAACGAUACUGGAAUGGCUCAGUUACUGCUUACAAAUGGAGUCUCGACAGAACUCAACCAAGCAGAAUGCCUACGAAACGCAAUAGAAAACAAGAAUUGGCCCAUCUCCGACAAAAUAUUGCAUUCUUCGAUAUCUCCAGCUCAAGCUUCCGUGGCACUCGCAGUUGUGUCACCCGAAACUGCUCCACCUGAAAGACUCCAUGUGAUCACUGCAUUGGUCUCCCACGGUGCUAAAGGGAAACCACUUCAACGAUGGCUAGUUCGUGCAGUAGAGGACGGGGAUGCUGCAUUGAUGGAUCUGUUGAUGAAGGCCGAUACCAGUAUUGCAUCAGAGAACAGCCAUGCUAUUCAAACUGCUGUGGCACGGAAGGAUUUCAACAGCCUUCGAAUGCUUCUACGCUCCCGGCCAUCACCACAAUCUUUAUCGAAGGCGUUCACUCAAAUCACGUCUGGAUACACUGCAGUGGAGCGGAUCGAGGUGGUGGAGAUUCUUCUUCAUCAUGGCGCCCGGGGCCCCGAAGUAGAUCAAGCAUUAAUCGAUGCGGUUGGUGACACAACCUCCAGGGACAUCUCACUUGUCAAAGAACUCGUCCUCAAUGGCGCAAACGUCAAUUUUGAAGCCGGUAAAGCGAUACACUUGGCUGUAACACAGCGUGACGUGGAUAUUCUACGUUUGCUCUGCAGUACCGCACCCUCCUCGUAUGCGACUUCGACUGCGCUGCCCCUCACCAUGGACUCCAAUGGCCUGAAAAACUCCGCGACUAUUACCAUGAUGAAUAUCCUUCUAGGAAACGGACUUGAUGACGGACCGGUUAACCAGACUCUGAAGAUAGCCAUACAGGGAGGCACUGCAAAUAUUGACAUUAUUGAGCUCUUUAUUGCUAAAGACCCCAGGUUGUCUAAGCCCGCAUUUGAGUAUGCUUCCAGCUUGGACAAUGUGGAUAUGAAGAUACCUAUCAUGCGAACUCUCCUUACCAAAGGUAUUCCACAGGACGCGCUAGACCGAGCAUUGGCCGUCGAAACGAAGUCUGCUUUGGCAAGUCGAAAUAAAGCUCUUGUGGAGCUCCUGAUAGAUCACGGGGCAUCUGUGUUGGAGAACGACGGCGAAGCUUUCCAGACCGCUGUGUCAUCUGCAGAUACUUCACUCGUGAAAUUGCUUCUUGGAGGAAGGGAUCGGCCGUCCGGCUCCAUCGUCACGAAAGCUUUCUUGGCUCUUUUCUACGAUUAUAAAAGUCAUUGUAGCUCGGGAAAGUUGGAAAACUGCAUGGAGAUUGCACAAGAGCUACUGGAUCGAGGUGUAGAUCAGUCCGCGAUUGACUCGGUAUUGCCCACGGUGUUGGAUCCGGCCAAUUUUACCGCGAAUGAUCAGCAACUGAUUGAUCUCCUCCUUCGUAAUCAUGCAAACUUAUGCGCUUUUCGACCAGCUUCUUCACCAUCAGCCAAACUUCACCCAACUAGUGCCUAGAUUGGUUGAUGCUGGCUUGAACCAGUCGACCCUAGUCAAGCUACUCGAACUCUGUUUCCAGUACAACU